UCAUGUUUAUGUGUCAUGUAAUGUACAAUAUUUACAUAUAAUUAUUUAUUUACAGUUCAUUUCAAACGAUUGAUUUAUAUUCUAUCUUACAGAUAAGAUAAGGUUUAUGUAGACUACCGCUAUUCAAUGAGUCAAAUUUACAAAAUUUUAAUAAUGUUUACAAAAAUAUGUUCAUGAACUUACUAAGAGUGUAAAAUGAAUUCUAAAGAUAUAAAAUACGGGAUUUUGGUGCAAAAUGCGUUACUUAAAGAAACAUACAAAGGUGACCAACGAACAGUACUUCUUGGGCAAGUCGUUCUUAUCGAUGGUGAAUUAGGAAAAGGAAAUAUUGGAGUGAGAUUCUUAACAGAGGGUAAUACAUGGGAGCCAAGUCGUUUUAGUUGUCCUCAAGAAAAUGUGGUACCAAUUUCUGAAAAAUUAUGGCCCUAUAUUGCUUCUAUUACGUCACCACAGGAAAGAGUUAAGUUGGCAAAAAAUAAAUCUUUAUGUGACAUUUUAAAAAAUAUAUCUAAAGACAUGGUAGUAGGUUUUAUGGAUACAAAUGAUGUGUACCUAGGAACGGUUAGAUAUAUGGGAUCAGUCAAGGGUAUGGGCUACUGUUUUGGCAUUGAGCUACAUGACAAAAAGAAUAAUAAUAUUUGCAGUGGAUCUUGUGCUAAUAUCCAGUAUUUUUCAUGCACACCAGGACAUGGUGUUUUUACCAGUAUUGAAAGGGUUAGACCCAUUAACUAUCCUAGCACCAGCAACGAUCCUGUGCCCCCAAAACCUUCAGAACUCGACAUUUAUUUAGAAAGGAAUAUCAACAGUAUAAUGAACAACUCCAUCGAUACGAAACCUCAUCACGAGGAAAUAGUUACGAAAUAUGGGGAGUAUACGAGAAAACCAAGCAUGCCCGUCAAAAAUUCAAGAAAUUUUCAGUCAUUGCAGAACAUUUUGGACGUUGAGAGUAUGACUGUUAACACUAAUAACGAUUUUGAUCAAAAUACUGUUAUUCAACCUGACGGGAUUUAUUUGAUGCCAGAUAUGGAAAGGAAAAGCAAGAAUAAGUCAGAAGUUGAUCUUAUCGAUGUCAUUGGGACUUGGUCAGGGACCACUGAUAGUGCGCAGUUGCAACAGUAUUCAAAUUUAAAAAAAGGAUUGGACAAGAAUGAUAAUAUUAAGGAGAAAUAUGUGCAUGGGGAAAAUAAUACACUUAACAGACGGAAUAAAAGCAUUAAUCCACUUUCACAUUUGCUCGAAGGCAACAAUAGCCUGAGGAAGUCAAAAUUUUACACCAAUGACCUGACUGAAAACUAUAAAGAGCACCUUAAAACAUUACCUAAAAAGCAAGAAAAUGGCAGAAAAAUAAACGAAAAAAGUGAACAGUUGGCAAGGUCCUCCACAUUCUACGUUAACGAUAAACCAAAAUACCAUGACCCGCAGCCGGGUACUACCCACGAUCUGGUGGUCGGAAGUCUGGUAGAAGUUCUGAAUGACGUUAGCACAGACCCUCUUUACGGGGUGGUAAGAUGGAUGGGAGUUGACAAUGAGACCAACUUCAUAUUAGUUGGGGUGGAAUUGGAGGAAGAACAAUCUCAUUUGCCUUUAACUUUGACAGAUGGUACACACAAUGGCGAAAGGUUCUUUAACUGUGCCACCAGCAGAGCACUAUUUGUGCCGAUAGAACAGUGCCAUAAGGAUUCGCGGUUUGUAGAUGGUACGCCCACUCCCGUGCAUCAAGCCGCAGCAGCCGAGCAAAUUGAAUGUCCAGUUAUUCCCGGAGCCGUGGCCCCCCUUUGCAUGCCCACAGAGGAGGACGUCGAAGCCGUCUGCGGAAAAUAUAGAGGUAUACAGGGCCAUCACAAUUCUUGUUACCUCGACGUUACAUUAUUCUCCAUGUUUACCUACACAGCAGUAUUCGACAGUUUGUUAUUCCGGCCAAAGAAUUCGAAUGAUAUCGACGACUACGAAGAGGUGCAGCGAGUUCUUCGAGAAGAAAUCGUGAACCCUCUUAGAAAAAAUUUGUUUGUCAGUGCCGACCAUGUGAUGAAGUUGCGACGACUGUUAGACAGGCUAAGUUCCGUGUCGGGUUUAACAAGCGAGGAGAAGGACCCGGAAGAAUUUUUGAACUCGCUCCUUGCUCAAAUUCUUAAAGCCGAGCCAUUUUUGAAACUCAACUCGGGACAGGAAGCCUUUCACUAUCAGUUGUUCGUUGAGAAGGACGCCGAUUUGACGUUGCCGACUGUGCAGCAGUUAUUCGAACAGAGUUUUCUAACGAGCAAUAUUAAGUUGAAGGAGGUCCCGUCUUGUCUUAUUAUUCAGAUGCCCAGGUUCGGGAAGAAUUACAAAAUGUAUCCCAGAAUAUUACCGUCUCAGUUGUUGGACGUUACGGAUAUUAUAGAAGGCUCUCCACGGCAGUGCAUAGUGUGUGGUAAACUGGCAAAAUGCGAAUGCAGAGAAUGUUUCGAUGACUGCAGCAAUGCGGGACUGGAGAGCACUGCUUUCUGUUUGGAAUGUUUGAAGACGGCACACCGGCACGAGAGGCGGAAGCACCACAGGCCCACGAAAUUGGAAGUGGCUCAAGACUUCUCCUUGAUGCAGGACGCUUACAGGCCCCCAAGGCUCUUCAUGGAGUUAUUCGCUGUGAUUUGUAUAGAGACGUCGCACUAUGUUGCCUUUGUGAAGUGCGGAGUCGGGCAUGAGGCCCCCUGGUGCUUCUUCGAUUCCAUGGCAGACAGAAAAGGUGAGAAAAACGGCUACAACAUACCAGAGAUGGUCGCCUGCCCGGAUAUAUCACGCUGGCUGUCGGACGACAGGAUCUGCCGGCAACUCCACGAGGAAUUCCCCCUAGACCGACACCUACCCGAGCACGCCCGUAGGCUUCUUUGCGAUGCUUACAUUUGCAUGUACCAAAGUUCAGAUGUAAUGAUGUAUAGAUAAGUAAGAUAUAUUUUAAUACUUGCAUAUAUACUAAUAUGACUGAUUAUUUUCUAGAACUCUCCUCUUUAGAUUUACGGAGUGCCUGACCGAAAGUGUCUUUUUUAUAACGUCGUAUUGACGAUCGCUUCGGUUUAACAAUUGAGAAACGGCGAGUCGGCCAGUUGGGCGCUCUGUAUCAUGUAGAAGUACUAAAAUCUUGUUACCAUGAUGAAUUUUCUAUUUGUUUCACUUUAUAAAAUAUAUAUUAUCGAAUAUUC